AUGUCUGCAGUCAGCAGUCGCAAUCAAAAAAUGGAACAACAGCGCCUGCUAAUGGAGGCCUACAUACGACAAAAGCGCGCCUCACCCGGCAUGGUGCAGGCCAGUGACUUACAAAUAACCCGUCCUAUGUCUGGGCUACGCACAUCGACGGCCAAUAGCCGUGAGCUGCACGCCUACGACGGUCCAAUGCAAUUCAUCAGCUCCCCACACAACCCCGACCAGUUACUAAGUAAUACCACCAGCACCGCCGCCGCCACCACCAACAUAAACACCAACACCAACACAAACUCUAUGUAUACCACCGCCAUCUCGACAAGCAACCAUUCGACUACGGGCUCAAAUGGCCGCCCACAUAGCAGCAUAGCGAAUAGCAUGCGCUCGCGCACAACACAGAUGACCGGACAUAACCUCAGUAGCAAUCAGGAUGAUUUGAUUGAGGAGAUCUCCUCACACGACCUGGAGGAUGACGAAAGUAGUCCCGUCAAUCAUGUCGCCACCAAUGGACAACGCCAAAGACAACGCCAGCAACAGCAAUUGCACCAACAUCAACAACGUUCAUACAGUCACGAACAGGAUAGCAGCACACUGGACGAAGAUGAUUAUGCGAAUCGUAAUACCAUAGAAGAGGCGGCACCCAUUAUGCCCUUGAAUCACAGUAUUGCAUCUCAAACGAACAGCGCCAUCACCACCAAUACUAACACAAAAUCGAUAGCCGGUGCGGUACGUAACUCAUCGGCGCACUCGGCCGGUUCGGCCAACAACACUGCCAACUAUUCGAACAGUGCUCAAGAAACUGGAGCUGACGCUGGCGGUGAACCGGAAGGCGAUCUCGUCGGCAACAUCGAACAGUUUGUCAUGCAACCGGCGGCGCAGGGUGUGCUCUUCAAGUGUCGCAUCACACGUGAUCGUAAGGGUAUGGAUCGUGGUCUCUUUCCGAUCUACUAUUUACAUUUGGAGCGGGAUUAUGGCAAGAAAAUAUUUCUGUUGGGUGGUCGCAAACGGAAGAAGAGCAAAACAUCAAAUUAUAUAAUUAGCUGCGAUCCUACGGACCUGUCACGUAAUGCGGAGGGUUUCUGCGGCAAGUUACGCUCAAAUGUGUUCGGUACCUCUUUUACAGUAUUCGAUAACGGCAGUAAAGAUAGUACGGAGAAUCCACGUCUCGAUUUGGCGGUUAUCAUUUAUGACACCAACAUACUCGGUUUCAAAGGACCACGCAAUAUGACAGUCAUACUGCCCGGCAUGACGGAGGAAGAUCAGCGCGUCAAAAUCAGUUCGGCCGAUCCCAAGCAACAGGGUAUACUCGAUUUGUGGAAGGUGAAGAAUAUGGACACCAUUGUGGAGCUGCAUAACAAAACGCCCGUCUGGAAUGAUGAGACACAAUCGUAUGUGCUGAAUUUUCAUGGACGCGUCACACAAGCAUCGGUUAAGAAUUUUCAACUCGUACAUGAUUCAGAUCCUGACUACAUUGUGAUGCAAUUUGGACGCACCUCUGAGGAUGUAUUCACAAUGGAUUAUCGUUAUCCGCUGUGUGCAUUGCAAGCAUUUGCCAUAGCGUUGAGCAGUUUCGAUGGUAAAAUUGCGUGUGAGUAGGAGAAGAGAGCGAGAGGAAGGGCAGGGAGGAAGAGCGGAGAGACACAGAGCAGAGAGAGUGGAGUGAGACAAAGCAGAGUUUGCAAAAAUUGCAGAGAUUAGAGAGUCAGAGAAGGGAGAAAGAGAGAGAGAGAGAGAGCAAAAAAAGGAUCAAAGGCACCAAAAAAUAAACUCAUUCAAAGACAAAGAAGUAUUUUUAGUGUUUCACAACAACAACAAACGUAUUUUUAGGCAAACGUAAUGAAAAAAAAAUUAAUCAAAAUUAUUGCAAAAUGCAGAGUACGGUUAUAAUCAAAAAAGUGCAUAAAUUUAUUAUAUUAGAAAAAAAAAACACUGUAAAACGGUUGCCUUAGUUGAGAGCGUUCAAAGGCGCGGGGACACAUAUGGAUAUGUACGUUUGUAUGUACGUGCACCGACUUGAUUUACACUAAUAUUUUUUUAUAAAACCUUUUAAGUGAAGAAAUAACAAGUUUAACAAGGAUAUAACAAAUAGAGGAAACAAAGAAAAAUUGAAGAUAUUUAUACAGUUGAAUAUAACAAAAAGAUAGAAACACUCAUAAUUCUACAAAAACCAAAACCGACGAAUAUUUUAAGUAAAAAAAAAAAAAUUAGAAAAAAUGUUAUUGAAUUUUCUACGAAAUUUCAUCGCUUUGGGUUGACGAUAUCGACGAGAUCACUUCGCGCUUCUCAGAAAGCCGCCUGUAUAAACUUGCUGUGAGACUACUCCGCAUUUCAUUGCUCUAACGCGCUCCAUCUGAGAGCUGUCACAAUAGUCUCCUACUCAGUUAAAGGGAACGAAGAUUAUGGGGGUUCGGUCAAAAACGAAAGUUUGUGGUUUUCAGGUUUCGAACAGACGAUUAUUGUUACGCGGAGACUUAUUUUAUGGAGCAUUUUGUACAUUAGAUACGUCGGGAUCGAGUCUAAUUUUCUAGGAGUUCAACCGACUACAGCAAAGUAGUACUUAGGGCUAAGUUGCGCUAAUAUGACGCGGGUCUCACAUUGUAGCUCGAGGUGAAGAAAUCAAAUUUAAUGCUGUGGUUAAUAAUUUGGUUUAGAUAUAAAGAUAAGAGUUCGCCAUUACUGGCUGAAAUUAAUUGCAGUCGAGAGGCCCAAAAUGCGAUCGGCUUUUCCAGCAAUUGAGCCGCUUCCAAAGCGACAAUCGUCUAGAGCUUAUCUGUGUAAACAAGUGACUAUACAUAAUCGCACAAAAAAUAGUCCGACCUUGGAGGCCACAGGCUCACGACGCGAGAGAAUGUGCUCUGAAAAGGUUUGUUUCAAAAAAUUGCUUGUUUCGUUGGCUGUAUGGCAUGUAGCGCCUUGUUGUCGGAACCGAAAACUCGUCCACAACAACAGCCUCCAAUUGAGGCACGAAAAAGUCAGUCAUCGUGACUCUAUAGCACACUACAUUCCUAAAGAAAAAUAAUGGCCAUUUGAAGAUGUAACGUUGCUACCACAAUGGCUUGUGGAUUAUCAGCACUCCAAAUGGGUCUAUAAUGUUUAUUGGCGUAUCCAUUCAACCAAAGCUGAGCUUCCUCGCUGAAAACAAAAUUUUCUUAUGAAAAUCGACUUCGCUGGCAAUCUCGUUUUGGGUCAAGUCACCGAAAGUGCGUCCAAUUUGUGAAAUUUAAAGACGCUGACGAAUUUUUAUGACCUGACUAUUUCUGGAUUUUCAUCUAGACAGGAUUCAAGCCCAUUAACUUUCGCAUAGUAGCACGCAAUACUUUUCAUAUGCUUUCAAAGGCGUCCAUGCUCCUAAAUUCCUCCACGUUGUCUGCAUAGACAAUUCCCAGACAACCAUACUCCACCAAUUUAUCCAGUAUAUAUUUCAUGUACUUGGCACACAGCGCGCAGAGCAGAGAAGACAAUUGUCUAUAGGGUAUCUCUGUUGUCUCUAUGAUAAUCACAGAUAGUACAUUACACCUCCGAUAAGACAGUUCUGUUCUGAAGUAGAUUAUAAAAUGAAAAUGACUCUCAAAUUUAAGAAUGCAGCACGGUAUCUACCGAACUUUUCUUACAAUAAGCUGUCUGAACGGUUGAGUCGGUUGUUGAUUCCCUCUAAACACCUUUAAGACAAAUAAUUGUGAUAGAAGGAUGGCUGAUGGUUGCUUCUGAAACCUUUUCGAGUCACAAAGUGAAGUCAAGUCAACGUUCACCUAGUCUUUGCAGUUUCCAUCAUCGAUGAUUUCAUCCAAAACUUUCAGAGCUGGGUAUAUUAAAUUCGGAAAGAUUGCGUAAAUGCUUUGGAGUCUCUCACAGAUUUUUCAGUUCACUGCAGCUUGCGUAAGUCAAGACAAAUUUCGUGAAUCACAAUAACUCUAUUUUGGCGACGAUAAUCCCACUUCGGCAUCUCUAACGACAUUAAGGCUCACAACCUUUCUUCUACGCUUAAUCCUCACAUUUAUUUAUCGAAAAUCGAUAGGCAUUGAAAAGUUUAUAUUCGUAGCUAAAUUUCUGGCAAACGUCCUUGUUGGUCCUUGGCGCCAACUCGACCAAACAAUGUCGUCUCAAGUCUCUAACUUCAAUUUAAUUUAAAUUAUUAUUAUGUUGUAGACUCUCUGUUUUUUUUCUCAUUG